UGUUCCCUAUACUCCAUCUUGGUCGUGCCUGGCCCUUCCUGCCCGGCGUGAGGGAUAAUGUCCUUAACUUAGCUCAUCUAUCGGGGAAAUGUUGGCCAACAACACCUCCAGUGCCUCUAUCCCCAUGUGUCCUGACUACCGCUUUUACCACCACCUACACCUGGUGGGUUAUAGUCUGGUGCUUGCUGCUGGUCUACCCCUCAAUGCCUUGGCACUGUGGGUUUUCCUUCGAGCCUUACGAGUCCACUCAGUGGUCAGUGUCUACAUGUGUAACCUGGCAGCUAGUGACCUGCUCUUUACCCUUUCUUUGCCCCUACGUCUCUCCUACUAUGCCCUUCACUACUGGCCCUUCCCAGACCUCCUGUGCCAGACAGCAGGGGCUACCUUCCAGAUGAAUAUGUACGGCAGCUGCAUUUUCUUGACCCUCAUCAAUGUGGACCGCUAUAUUGCAAUCGUCCACCCACUGCGUCUCCGCCACCUACGCCGGCCUAUGGUGGCAAGACUACUCUGCCUAGGAGUCUGGGCCCUGAUCCUGGUGUGUGCUGUGCCUGCUGUUCGGGUCCAUGCCCCCUCACCCUGCUAUUAUAAGAACAUCACUGUCAACCUGUGCUUUGAGAGCUUCAGUGAGAACUUGUGGCAGGGCGGGCUGCUGCCCUUGGUACUUCUUGCUGAAGGGCUGGGUUUCAUACUGCCCUUGAUAACUAUGGUCUAUUCUUCUAGUCGGGUCUUCUGGACCUUGGCCCGGCCCAGUACCACCGGGAAUGAACGCCGUAGGAAGACAGUGCAUCUUCUACUGGCUAACCUGGUCAUUUUCCUCCUGUGCUUUGUGCCCUACAAUACCACCCUGGCUGUGUAUGGACUACUUCGGGGAAAGCUGGUAGAUGCCAGCUCUGAUGCCCGGGACAGGGUGCGCGAGGUAUUGGUGGUGAUGAUAGUGUUAGCUAGUGCCAACUGCGUCUUAGAUCCCCUCGUAUACUAUUUCAGUGCAGAGGGCUUCCGAAAUACCCUUCGAAGUCUGAGAACUAAACGAUGGGUAAGAGUCAGUGCUGCCAAAGGGCCUCAAGGACUACCUGGGCAUCGGGAAAGUGGCACAGCCUCCACUAAUGCUGAAGAUGCCUCUCACAGUGAGCUGCUCUCACUUACACCUCUGGAGAAGUCCUUCAGUCAGUCCAUCAAGGAUUCAACCACCUGAGCAGAAACCCUGGCUAAACUUCUCUCUUCAACUCCCUUCUCAUCCCCAUUAUGAGACUGCAACUGAGCAAGGCAUGUGGGGAAGAGAUCAGGUCCCCAGACUCAGAUUUCAAUCUUAGCCCUUAUUUCCAGAAACAAAAUAUAAGUCUAAAGAAGAAGGAGUGCUAUGGAACCAUCUUUCUUGAAGA